AUGACAAGCCCCAGUCUUCCAUCCCAAGCCAGCAUCAAAGCUCUCAUGAAAGAACACCAUCGCUGCGUCUUCGAUCUCAACUGUCUCAAAGCCGCAGCCAUCGGGUCAAUCAUCGUCAACUUCGAGACCCUGAUCAGAGCCGAUAAUAAGCUGGACAAUAUUAACUUCCGCAUUUUGGAGCUAGAGGAGAGGCAAAAACUGGGGGUUGCUGAUUCUACUUUGGAACAGGAGUUGCGCGGAAGACUCGCAGGUGUUGCUGCCGAUAUCACGACUCUAAAAGAAAAUAUUGAAAAGCAGCAAGUAGCAAUUAAAAUGUUUUCUGCUCUGGGAAUUUCUGUGAGUGGUUCAGCCAAGGGCCAGCGGGACCGUCCAGGAAAUCCAGAGAACAACAAACAGCCUGGACGUGGCAUUAGACCUCGGCCCCAAGCAAACUUGCCAGGGCUCCGACUUCAGAAGAAAUCCAAAGUACAGAAGAGCCGGAAGACUCACAAUGUUGAUCAGCAAAAGAGAAAGAAUGCGGCCAGAAGCCCUGCCACAGACGCAGACGAGAUGGUCCUUGUCCGACAAAAGUAG